AUCGGCCGCUGCUACCCGCGUCUACUAGUAGCACUUUAGGACUAUGCAAGUCGGCCUGGUUGACGAGAAAACUCGGCUCCCUUUCCCUCAGGCGCCUCAAGUUGUUCUCCAUCCGCGACAGAGUAUCUACCGCACCCUCUUGCUCACUCUCGCACUCUGCUCAUGCAUCGGAUUCACCGCAAGACACUAUGCAACAACUAUCGCGAACGCGUUUGAUUUGUAUCGGGCCGCACCCAUUAUGUGUCCGCAAGCGGACCUCCUCAUUCCGCAGCGGCAUUCUCGUGUAUCGCAGGCGCUCAGCGACGUUCUCGCGACGGAAGGUUUCCAGACGCAGGCUAUAGAAUGGCUUUCGAAGGCGGUUCAGAUCCCUACCGAGAUGUACGAUGAUAUGCCACCCGUUGGCCAGGAUCCACGAUGGGAUGUGUUUUCGACUUUCCAUGACUACCUCGCCUUCACUUUCCCUCGGGUACAUGACAAACUUUCGUUGACCAAGGUCAAUACGUACGGACUGUUGUAUCAGUGGAAUGGCUCAGACUCGAGCCUCAAACCGAUCCUGGUCACUGCCCACCAAGAUGUGGUUCCUGUAGAACCUCUGACCUGGAAGGACUGGAAGCAUCCGCCGUUCUCCGGCUACUAUGAUGGCGAGUUCAUUUGGGGUCGUGGGAGUGCCGACGACAAGAGCGGCCUGAUUUCAGUCUUGGGUGCUAUAGAAUUGUUGCUCGAGCAAGGGUUCAGCCCUUCGCGAACUGUUGUCCUCGCAUUCGGCUUCGACGAGGAGGCUUUCGGUUUCCGCGGUGCAGGCACCCUUGGCCCGGCGAUAGAGGAGCUAUACGGCAGCCACCAUCCGUUUGCGUUCGUGAUCGACGAGGGGGGCGGAUUCGACGGCGAUUUGGUUCAAGGUGUUUUCGCCACCCCGGCUAUUGCCGAGAAAGGCUUCAUCAAUGUCCAACUCGAGUUGACGUCUCCCGGGGGGCAUUCGUCCACAAUCGGCAUGCUGGCCGCACUUGUUGUUAAAUACGAGGACAAACCGUUCCCGUUGCACUUGCACAAGUCUCGUGACUCAGUGACAUACCAAACUCUUCAAUGUCGCGGAGAGCACACGCGAAACAUUCCCAAGGAUCUGAAACAGGCCAUCAAGCGGUCCAUACAUUCGGACGAUGCGCUCCACAAACUUGAAAGCAUUAUUUUCCGUGACAAGACAUACCGUGCUCUGGUUGGAACGACUGCGGCCGUGGAUAUCAUGCACGGGGGUGUAAAAAGCAACGCACUUCCUGAGCAAGCUAUUGCGAUUAUCAAUCACCGCAUCUCGACCGAAAGCUCUGUCGCCGAAACCAUGGCGUAUGACACGGCUCUCCUGCAAGACUUGGCUGAAAAGUUCAAUCUGACCUAUACUGCGUUCGGCACGCUGAUCUCGGUUCCGGGUGCCCCAGCAUAUGGGGCCUUGACUGUCACGGAUGCUCACGGAACGGCCUUGGAGCCGGCGCCGGUUACGCGUUUUGCGGGGCCUGGCUCUGAAGCAUAUGAGCUUCUCUCUGGGACCAUCAAAGCGGUCUUCAACGCCCAUCGGAAUUUAGACGAUCCAUCCGCCAUCACUGUCGCUCCUGCGCACAGCACCGGCAACACGGACACCCGCCACUACUGGAACUUGUCUCGAAACAUCUUCCGAUACAACCACCGGAACUCGAUGGGAAGGGACCGCCUGACUGGGGCUCACACCGUCAAUGAAGGUUCUGCCCUUCUGGCUGAUGGCCUGUUUGAGAUGAUCCGCUUCUACGCGACGCUCAUCCUGAAUGCGGAUGAAUCCACUGUCAUCUGACCAGUUCCUGCAUAGAAGCGCCGGAACGAUAGACGAGCUCUCCGAUGUGCGCUCGGGAGCCAGACAGACAAGUCAGCUAGGGAUUGGCUGGGGUUGAGAGGGGUUAGUGACGGUGGAUGGGGAGGAAGAUCUGAUAGAAAAUUACGAAGUUGAGUUGUGUGCGUGCACGAUUGGAGUGAAACGUGCCGGAACAGAACAGCCCUGGCAGCAAGAAGAACCAAAAUCGUGCAGAAAGGCUCCACAAACGAGGCGAGAAAAAAUCGCCCGAGUGGCAAAACGGGCAGGGAAGGCAUGCAAGAUGAUCGUGAUUGAGGCAUCGCCGGAGGACUGGCGAGCAGCGACAGCAAUCCCAAGCGGGGCAAGGCUGAGGAAAUCAGAUUAUCGAAUCUUAUCAGCACUGCGUUGUCUUCUCCUGUGCCUUGAGUCCUUGACGGCUGAACCCGGAGCCGAGCUCGCGGCCUCGCAUCGGCCCUCGUCAAUCGGAAUUUGACAUAAGCACUGGACCCUGCUUCCACACUCCACAAUCUAGCCGUCCGCCGCUCUAAUCCACAGCAUAUAUAGCACUGGUCAUGUAGGACGCGAGACACUCGAAAACACCAUGGCUGACGAGAAAAACUCACUCCCCAUGCCCAUCACGCCGAUCUCAGCGCCGAAGCCGAAGAGCCGUCGCGUCCGAAACGCGCUGCUCGCCGUCGUUACUUUAUCGUGUAUCGCGUGGCUGGUCGUCUCGCGCUCUGGCCUGUUUAACAGAUACAUCCACGAUGCGAGCGCACAGGCCAUGAUGAAGCUCAGCGCCGGCUCUCGUAUCAGCUGCCACCAGGCGGAUGUGCUCUCGCCGCGGCGUGACGCCGAGCUUUUGGAGGCCAUUUCGGACCUUCUUGCGACGGACGAGUUCAAGCAGAAGGCGAUCGAUCGGCAUAUGGCAGCGAUCCGGAUUCCGACCGUGAUUUACGACGACAUGACUGAGGUUGAUAGCGACAAGCGUUGGGAGGCUUUCGUGGAUCUCCACGAACAUCUUUAUUCCAGUUAUGCCAAUGUCCAUGAGACUCUGGACAUGAAAAAGGUCAACAACUUCGGACUGAUUUACACAAUGCAGGGUUCGGACGAAUCGCUGGCUCCCAUCCUUCUCACGGCGCAUCAAGAUGUGGUCCCGGUCGAGGAAGAGACAAUGGACGAUUGGGAGCACUGUCCGUUUGACGCGUACUAUGACGGUGAAUACAUUUGGGGCCGCGGGGCCUCCGAAGACAAGAGCCGUCUCACCGCCAUCAUGACCACUAUGGAAACGCUGAUUGAAAAUGGUUUCCGGCCCGCGCGGACGAUCGUGCUAUCGUUCGGUUUCGACGAACAAUCGUCUGGAGCUCUGGGAUCCGGGGCCCUUGCGGCGGAAAUGGAGAACAUAUUCGGCAAGGAUAGGCCAUUUGCGUUUGUGAUCGAUGAGGGUGGAGGAUUCAGCGGGAAUGCCAGAGACGGUAUUUUCGCAUCGCCUGGUGUCGCUGAGAAGGGCUAUCUCGAUGUCCAAAUCGAAGUCACCUCUCCUGGCGGCCAUUCCUCUCGUCCACCCUCGCACACCACUAUCGGGAUGCUCGCCUCGGCGAUCGUCAAGUACGAAGAUAAUCCGUCCUCGCUCAACCUGGAUCGCGAUUCCGUUCCCUACGAAAUGCUCCACUGCCGUGCUCAGUAUUCUCCCACCAUGUCUAGGAAACUGAAGCAGCUCAUCGAUCUCUCGCAAUAUUCUGACUACGCACUGGCUCAACUGGAAGAAAUUGUCUCCGAGGACGAGUCGUAUCGACAACUCAUUGGCACAACUCAAGCUGUGGACAUUAUUCAGGGUGGUGUGAAGAGCAAUUCGCUUCCCGGGCAAUCCGCCGCAUUAGUCAAUCACCGCAUCUCGACCUCAAGCUCUGUUGCUGAAACCAUGGCCCGCGACACAGCCCUCUUGCAAAGUGUCGCUAGAAAGUUCAACUUGAACUUCAAUGCUUUUGGCAGGCAGAUCUCUACAGCCACUAUGCCUGCCCAAGGUACUCUGACACUCAAAACUGCUUACAGCAAAGCGUUGGAACCGGCACCCCGAUCCCCUGUCAGGGGACGCGGUUCCGAAGCAUACCAGAUUCUUUCGGGCACUAUCAAGGCUGCUUUCAACGAUUAUCAUGGUCUCAACAACCCCAACGCAGUCGUCGUUUCUCCCGGCCUCAACACCGAGAACACCGGCAGCCAUUACUACCGCAACCUUUCGCGCAACAUCUUCCGCUACAAUCACAAGAAUUCUGUUGGCAACCAGCGUCCAUCGGGAGCUCACGCGGUUAAUGAAGUCAUCCGUGCGGAUAGUUUGCUGGAGAUGAUUCAAUUCUUUACUACGCUCAUCCUCAACGCAGACGAGUCAACUGAAAUCUAGUUUGUGUCUGUUUGUGUACCGUGUAUUAGUCAACUACUUGCGUAAAAAUAAUAUGGACGAUAUGUAAACGAGUAAAA